CAAAACGCAGACGAGUUAGAGAUAAGAAGAAGAAGAAAAAUAUAUAUAUAGGCGAAAAACAAGGAAAGAGAAAAGAAGACAACAUCGAACGAACGGAGAAAAUGGCCAAGUAUUUGAGACGCAGCUUCCGGCGAAAGAAGGAAGUCCGUUUUAUGGGAAGUGCUGAACACGAAGAUGGGGACAGCCCUACGCCGCGCUACCGACCCGACGGCAUCGACGCCCUUUGCAAAGCUACUGGAUUCAGUCGUAAGGAGCUGCAGUUGAUGUACCGCAGUUUCAAACAGGAAUGUCCGACCGGGACGGUGAACGAGGCCACUUUCAAGCGCAUUUACACCCACUUCUUCCCGUAUGGAGAUGUUUCUCCUUACGCACACUGCGUGUUUCGGGCGUUCGACAUUCGUCAUAACGGGGUCAUCAACUUUGAGGAUUUGGUGCUGGGAGUAUCAUCGCUGUCACGGGGAUCAGUGCCGGAUAAAUUACGUUGGGUGUUCACACUGUACGACGCCGAUGGCGAUGGAGUCAUCAGCCGAGGUGAAUUGCGAGACGUUGUCAUGGCCGUACAUCGACUCAGUCCUCACGGCAAUCUACUGUCGAGUAAAACGAUUCCUGAAUUGAUGCCCAGUCCUUCAGCCGCCAACUCAGCAGCCGCCAUGGCCGAGCGCAGAAAUCAUGAAAUGAUCGCUGAACGCCACGCUGAUCGCAUCUUUCAGAAACUCGAUAUCAACUGCGACGGACAAGUCACGUGGGAUGAAUUCCUGGAGACAUGUACCAAGGACGAGACAAUUGCCAACACCAUGGCCAAUAUGGACGUUGCCCUUUGAACGAAAUCAUUUGCUUCUUCAAAAUAAUGCUCGGGAAAGAUGAAAGAAGAAAUUCAAUAUCGUCUUAUCUUUCCGUGAUGAAAUUUUCUAAAAAUCCCUUUCCCUGAAUACCCGUAGAUUUAUUUCAUUCGUGUAGGAAUUCUGACUGUUUUUUUUUCCAUCACCUUCAGAUUGUUUUAAAGUGUUAUUUCUAUGGAAAGAACUAGAUGGCGAUAUAUUACAUCGUGUUGUUAACGAAAAAUCAUUCUUAAAAAAAAAAAGAUAGAAAAAAUCCUGUCAAAUAACGUAUUUAUUUAUCGAUCCAAAUGUGGAUUGCAGUUAACGAGGCAAAUUAAUUUCGAACUCUCAUUUGUUUUUUUCAACCCAUUCGUUCAUUCUUUAUAUUUUCGUGCAUGUAUAUCCACAUUCUGGAGAGAGACACGCCUUUUCCAACAGU